AUGUCGACCGAGGAAGUCCAGGCUGAGGGCAAGAAGUUGUCCAGCAUCGAGAUGGUGGCUAUGGAGAAACACAACUCUAUUGAAGUUGGUGAAGUCUCGGUAAUCAGCGAGGAAGAUAUCGUCGCCGCCGAAGGCGAGUAUUCUGAGGAGCAAUACAAACGCCUCCGAAGGAAGAUUGAUCGUUACUUGCUACCGCUCAUGUGGUUGUGCUACGGUAUACAGCAAAGCGACAAGACCGCACUUGGUACACAAGCCAUCUUCGGCCUACGUCAAGACACUGGUCUUCAUGGUCAGCAGUAUAGCUGGCUGACUACCAUCUUCUAUCUCGUUUACAUGAUCUUCGAGUUCCCUAGUAACAUCCUUUUGCAACGUUACAAGAUGGGUAAAAUUCUGUCGUGCUACAUGAUCUGUUGGGGCGUCGUAGUGCUUUGCAUCGGAUUCGCUCAAAACUUCACGCACCUCAUCGUUCUGCGCGGCCUGCAAGGUUUUUUCGAAUGUUGCAUUUCACCAGGGUUCAUCUUGGUGGUCGGCAGCUGGUACAAAACCAGAGAGCAUGCUUCGAGGUCUCUCGUGUUUCAAUCUGCAAAUGCUGGCUUCGGCAUCAUCUCAAGCUUGGCACUGUAUGGUAUCGGCAAGCAUGGCGAGAAAGAUCCAAAUUCUGAACCCUGGAGGUGGAUGAGCUAUUUCCUCGGUGCUCUGACCAUACUUGUUGGCUGUAUCUGCUUGUUCCUCCUCGGUACGCCUUCUGAGGUCAAAUGGCUUACGCCAGAAGAAAAGCGCAUGGCAAAUGCACGAAUCGUCAGCAACAAUACUGGACACGACCGUACUGGAGUCAAGAAGUGGCAAUGGAAGCAAGUCAGGGAGUGUCUAAUUGACCCUUGCUUCUGGUUCGCAGGCUUCAAUGCCUUCUUAUCAAGCUUACCGAACGGUGGGCUCACAACAUUCAGCUCUAUCAUAAAUACCUCUUUCGGCUUCACCAGUCUGCAGGUAAUUCUUCUCGAUAUUCCUCGCAGCGCCUUCUCCGUGCUGUACUUCAUCGCGAUCGGCAUUAUCACGAGUAAACGCUCUGGUCUGCGUCUGUACUUCAUGAUUUUCUCUACAAUUCCACCUUUUGUCGGCUUCCUCGGCAUGGCUCUUAUUCCUAACGAACCCUCCAACAAGUGGACGAAAUGGGGCAUGUAUUUCAUGACAGUGCCCUACGUCAUUUCUCUCUUCGUUGCCUGGUCUCUCAUCCCCUCGAACACAGCUGGCCGUACCAAACGCACUUUCACGUCUUCUUUCACGUUUGUCGGUUACUGUGUUGGAAACAUGGCCGGUUCCCAGAUCUUCAAGGCAAAAGAUGCGCCGUACUAUAUUCCCGGUGUGGUGGGCUGUGCUGUCUGCUUCGGACUCGAGUUUGCGGUACUGGUGGCCUGGAGAGUCGUUCUGGUGCUCAGAAAUCGUCGACUGGACAGACUCAUUGCAAAUGACGGAAUGACUGAGGAGGAAAGAGCGCUCAGGGCCAAGAAAAUGGGCGAGGAAGAUAAGACGGAUUUCGAGAAUCCUUACUUCCGAUACACCCUUUAG